GCCAUUUGUGGAGGUGUGAGUGGAGCAUAUAGUUCUGGGCAAGAUAGUGUGUGAAAUACCACACUUCCUAGCUUGUGCACUUUUUCAUCUCAAGUUGAGAUUUUUUUUUGCAAAGACUUAAAAUGUUGUCUUGUGAGCUUGCACCUGUUAUAUGAGGAGACGGUAGCCUUCAUAUAGUAUCCUGUCAGCUAAGUCAACAAGAUGCAGGUUGAAGAUAUAGUGAUGGACGGCCAUCCUGUGCCAGUCCUCAUCCAAUGUGAGGACACAGGAAGCUUUGAACUGGACGAGGAGGCCCUGGAGGAGGUGUUAUUAAAUCCCAAGAUUGCUGAUAAGUAUGUGUGUGUCCUGGCUGUAGCAGGGGCUUUCCGCAAGGGCAAGUCCUUCCUCCUUGACUUCCUCCUGAGAUACAUGAGCUCACAGCAAUCACAAGAGUGGCUUGGUGAUGUAGACCAACCGUUGCAAGGUUUUAAAUGGCGGCAAGGGUCCAAACGAGAGACUACGGGUGUUUUGAUCUGGAGCGAACCUUUCUUAAUUAAAAAGAGAUCUGGGGAAGAGAUUGCUGUUAUUUUGAUGGACACUCAAGGAACCUUUGACAUACAAUCCUCCAUGAAAGAUUCCACUACUGUGUUCGCUCUUACAACAAUGGUAUCAUCAGUGUUAGUGUAUAAUCUAAUGAACAACAUACAGGAGGACGAUUUAAUGAACCUUCAAUUGUUCACAUCAUAUGGCAUGUUAGCGCAAGAAGAUUGUGAUAGUGCCCACCCAUUUCAGAGAUUACACUUUCUGGUGAGGGACUGGGGUUUUCCUUAUGAAGUUCCUUAUGGCCACCAAGGUGGACAAAAGUUAUUGGACGAAAUAUUACUGGUAACAGAAAAACAACAUCCAGCUCAUCAAGAGGUUCGGCGUGAUCUCCGCAAAUGUUUCCGAGAUAUCAACUGCUACUUGAUGCCCCACCCUGGCUUCAAUGUCAUCCAGAAAGCUGAUUUUGAUGGCAGACUAGCAGAUAUUGAAGAGGAGUUUGUGAACCACCUGAAAGUGCUGGUGCCAAGGCUGUUGUCUCCUGAGAACUUGGUGAAAAAGGAGAUCGGAGGCCAGCCUAUCAAGGCACGGGACCUCCUCAAAUUCUUCACCCUCUUCAUGGAGGUGUUCAAGGAUAGUGACCUACCAGAGCCUACCACCCUUGUUGAGUUUGCAGCCCAAGCUAGCAGCCAAGCUGCACUGGAGGCUGGUAAAGAGUUCUAUGCCGAGACCAUGGAGGCACUGGUAGGAGGUGACCGUCCCUUCCUCAAGACCGUGCAGAUGGAAGCAGAACACAGUAAAGCAAAAGAAAGAGCCAUACAGACAUACCUGGAGAAAAACAAAUAUGGAAGAAAAAAUCAGAGUGUGGUUGAAAAAUACCAGCUGAUGCUGGAAGAGGAGGUGGGAAAGAUGUUUUUGAAAUACUCUCAGCAAAAUGAAGCCAAAAAUGUCUUCAAAGCUGCCCGCACACCUGCUACACUCUUCUCGGUGCUCAUGUUCUUCUACCUCUUGUCUGGUAUCUUUGGAUUGUUUGGCAUGUACUCAUUUGCCAACAUGUGUAACCUAGGAAUGGGUGUGUUUCUCAUCAUGCUCACUGUGUGGGCUUAUGUCAGAUACAGUGGAGAAUACCGUGAUGCUGGCGUAUACAUUGAUGAAUUGGCAACCUUUUUAUGGGAAAAUGUGAGUCGCAACCAGACGAAAUAUACAUUUUAUAUAGUCUUAGUGAUAACAGUUUGUACCAGCACCACUCUCUUGUAAAGUGUUAACCAUAAAUGUGUGCAAGUA